AGGCGGGUCGGCGGGCGGCUGGGGCCUGGUGCAACCCGAUUUUCUCGUGCGGACUCGCAGCCGGUUUUGCUUUUGUUUUGUUUUGUUUUGUUUUUUUUUUUUGAGCCAUGCAGAGGGUAGCUACAGCCAUUAAUUUAAGGAUGUAGAUAAGCUAUCUCUAAACCAAGAAAGAUCGACAUGCACUUGGAUCAUUGCAGUUCCUGGGCCUGCUGUCAUCUCUCCCUUCAGUACUUCCCACAUAUGACUACCAACUGUUAGGAGGAUGUGCUGCCAGACCAGCAUUUCAUUUCUUGGACAUCCGGCUAUUUACCCAGGAAAAGUCAUCUUUUGACUAUUUUUCAUGACCUUUCUCAUCUGACUCGUGAUCUGCCCAUCUUGUUACUCCCUAGCAGUGUGGUAAGAGGUCAACCAGAAUCAAGAUGUCUGAGACUGAGGAAGCAAUUCUUGGAGGACGUGGCAGCCAUCCUACUGCUGGCGGCGGCUCGGUGUUAUGCUUUGGACAGUGCCAGUACACAGCAGAAGAGUACCGGGCCAUCCAGAAGGCCCUGAGGCAGAGGCUGGGCCCAGAAUACAUAAGUAGCCGCAUGGCUGGCGGAGGCCAGAAGGUAUGUUACAUUGAGGGUCAUCGGGUAAUUAAUCUGGCCAAUGAGAUGUUUGGUUACAACGGCUGGGCACACUCCAUCACCCAGCAGAACGUGGAUUUUGUUGACCUCAACAAUGGCAAGUUCUACGUGGGAGUCUGUGCAUUUGUGAGGGUCCAGCUGAAGGAUGGUUCAUAUCAUGAAGAUGUUGGUUAUGGUGUUAGUGAGGGCCUCAAGUCCAAGGCUUUAUCUUUGGAGAAGGCAAGGAAGGAGGCGGUGACAGACGGGCUGAAGCGAGCCCUCAGGAGUUUUGGGAACGCACUUGGAAACUGUAUUCUGGACAAAGACUACCUGAGGUCACUAAAUAAACUUCCACGCCAGUUGCCUCUUGAAGUGGAUUUAACUAAAGCGAAGAGACAAGAUUUUGAACCGUCUGUGGAAGAGGCAAGAUAUAACAGCUGCCGACCGAACACGGCCCUGGGACACCCACAACUACAGGAGGUGACCUCCCCUUCCAGACCAAGCCAUGUUGUGAUACAGGCGGACAAGGACUGCAGCUCCCGAAGCCUGACCUCAUCCGCCGUGGAGAGCGAGGCCACGUACCAGCGGAAGCUCCGGCAAAAGCAGCUGCAGCAGCAGUUCCGGGAGCGGAUGGAGAAGCAGCAGGUUCCCGUCUCCACGCCGUCCUCUGAGAAGACAGCGCCUCCGGCCCCUCCUCUGACGCACAGCACUCCUGUAACUGCCGUCUCAGAACCACUCCUGGAGAAAGACAUCCUUGCAGGAGUGACUCAAGAAUUAAUCAAGACUCUUGAAGACAACUCUGAAAAGUGGGCUGUGACUCCAGAUGCAGGGGAUGGUGUGGUCAAGCCCUCGUCUAGAGCAGACCCAGCCCAGACCUCUGACACACUAGCCUUGAACAACCAGAUGGUGACCCAGAACAGGACUCCACACAGUCUUUGCCACCAGAAACCACAAGCAAAAUCUGGAUCUUGGGACCUCCAAACUUAUAGCACUGACCAACACAUAACAGGAAACUGGGAAUCUCAUAGGAAGAGCCAGGACAUGAAGAAAAGGAAAUAUGAUCCAUCUUAACUGAGGCUCAGGCCACGUGAUUAGACUCUGUCACAAAGGGACUUUGGAAAACUACUUUUUGGUCAUGAAAUUGUUCAUCACUCCUGGAGAAUGAGCUUCAUUGCGAUUUAUCUUGCUUCAUUCUGAACCUUAUCAAGAGGAUCUGACUGAGAGCUCACUGCAGUUAGAGCUGAGCACUUUGGAAAAGCUUGACCGCCACUCUAGUAGGGAGAGGCUCUGGACAGAUGAAUACCUUUUCUUCGGCUUGUGAGGCUUCCCACUAUUUAUUACUAAACUAUCAUGUUAAUAAAGAUGGACAUUGUAGGAAUCACUAAUGGCUCCUCGCCCUCAAGCAAUAUAGGCCAGACUUGGUCCUAAGCACCUGCCUGAGCCAUUGCCUACAUUCAGUGAGUUGUUUUGCAUAACGUCUGCCUUCUUUCCUUUAGGGUCCAUGCCUUCAAUGUUGUCCACAUUAAGCACUGUGGAUCACGACAGGAAAAAGGUUGGAGUAGUGCCUUUUACUACUUUGUAUCAAUCCAGGCUACAGUCUUCAUUUAAUAUAAAUAAACUCUAAUUUAUGGGUUUAUGACACUACAAUCCUGCAUUCUUUCAAGACUUCAAGACUGACAUUUUUUCCUAAGGAAGGAAAUAAUCAUCUAAGACCAAGAAAAAAGGCUGUUUUUUUGAGACAGGGUCUUGCUGUGUUGCCAGGACUGAAGUUCAGUGGUGUAAACACAGCUCAACCUCCUGGGCUCAAGUGAUCCUCCCACCUCUGCCUUACAAAAUACAGGGAUUACUGGUGUGAGCCACUGUGUCUGGCCAGAAGAGGCAUUUUUGAGAAAGCAAAUCAUAUACCUUAUAACAAAAUAUAUAUAUAUUGCUUAUCCCCUUAUCUGAAAUACUUGAAACCAGAAUUGUUUUGCAUUUUUUGAAUAUUUGUAUACACGUGAUGAGACCUUGGGGAUGGGACCCAAGUCUGAACGUGGAAUUCACCUGUGUUUCAUAUAUAUACCUCAUACACAUAAUUUUGUGCAUGUAACAAAGUUUUUGUAUAAGAUAUACUGCAGCUGAAGGGGGCUGGGUCUUUUUUUCUCUUAGGAAUAAACUUGUAUGCCUGGUGCUUUGUGACUUGUCA